AGACCUGGGGCGGCGGGUGGCGGCGGCCGGGGAAAGAGCGGGAGGGCGGGCGGUGUAGGCAACCGCGCGGCGGGAGUGCGGCCAGUGGAGCGGACGGGCAGAGCAGGAGCGCGGCCAGGAGACGGGGCAGCGGGAGCAUCUGCACGAUCCCCGCGCCCAGACUUCGCAGGAACCCACAACGCGCGCCGGGCCGAGCCCGCCCAUGAAGCCGCCCGCGGCACAGGGCAGCCCCGCGGCCGCCGCGGCCGCAGCCCCGGCCUUGGACUCGGCUGCCGCCGGGGACCUGACGGACGCGCUGUGUGAGUUUGACGCGGUGCUGGCCGACUUCGCGUCCCCGUUCCACGAGCGCCACUUCCACUACGAGGAGCACCUGGAGCGCAUGAAACGGCGGAGCAGCGCCAGUGUCAGCGACAGCAGUGGCUUCAGCGACUCGGAGAGUGCAGAUUCGCUUUAUAGGAAUAGCUUCAGCUUCAGUGAUGAGAAACUGAAUUCUCCCACAGACAGGACUCCGGCGCUUCUCUCUCCCACGGUCCCUCCUCGGAAAGGUACGUUUAUUAGCGGGACCUUGAGGGCUUUUUUUUUUUUUUUUUCACUUCUUGUUUCUUCCUCCUUCUCAGCCUUUGCUCUCUUUCCCCCCUUUCCUAACCCAUCUUUCCCGAGUGUGAAAAAUAGGGAGAGGAGACUAGUAUCUUUGUACAGGAUGGUGUGGAGUGGAUUUUGUUAUUGCUCAGGAUUUUGGAUCGGUGUGAAAGUGAAAUCAAAGAAUUGGGAGCCAGGAAACCCUAGGCACAAGGAGAAAGAAAACUCGCUAGUCCCUGCUUUCUUUCAUGCAGUGUCAUCAAGACUGUGCCAGAUGCGGUGCCUUCCCAGACUGGUUGAUUCUAGAAUGUAAGACUCAGCAGCGAGGCUUUGCAGAAAGUUGGGUGCUUUUGAUUGCAUGAACUCUCUAACGGAUGCUUUCAGAUGACCAGUUUAGCAACCGAAUGGGGUCAUCAUUGUGAAACAAGUGAUGAUCUAACAUAAAUCAAAAUAGAAGCCCCAGCCUGCCCUGACUGUCAUAUUAAUAGACCGAAAAAGUUUUUAAAAGAUGCAUGAGCAGUGUCUUAGAGUUUGGAACCGGUAAAGUGUCUCCAGCCAGAGAGCUGAAUGUUCUGUUAUAUUGGCCAAGUGCCUUUUGCAAACAAAAGGAGGUUUUUUUUUCCCCCCCUUAAGAAAUGUUAUACUUGCUGGAAAUAGUUGCAGAAUGCAAUAAAAAUGGAACAUAGUGACAAAGAAAUUCGAAGAUUCCAUCAUCUUCUCUCGCUGGCCUCAAGGCUGCAUUUCCCUCUUUUUCAAAAGAGACAUUUAGAAAUUCUGCUCUCCACAGAGCAAUGUUAGCAAGCCGCCGGGAACUCUGCCAUGAUUCAGACCUCCGUGUGUAACAGAUCUAUUGAAUUGCCAGAGACAGAACAGUCUAGAAAGUGGCUUAAAACAUGCCCAGAUUAGCUACCAGAUCCCCAAGGGGUAAGAACUAAAGAGGAGGGGGGGAAAGCCCCAGUGGCAGAUUGAUUUUACAAACUAAGAACAAUGAGCUGUUUGUAGCCAGCAGCGGUUAAUUGAGAAAGCAAAUAUCCAGGAAAGGCAUGAAUGAGAAACUCUAGAGAAAAAUCAGGAUGAGAACCUGUUACCCGGGGUUGUCACCUGGAUGGGAUGUGGUUGUCUCGGCCCCAGAAGCCUCCGGGCGCCUUUCGGGACCAUUUUGAGAAGGAACAGUGGCGCUUGGUUCCUUUCAUCCUAGUGUGACGGUGAGGACUGAGGUAUUGCCCUGGAGUGAUCGCGAGAACAAGAUUGCAUCAGAGGUUUCAUAGGAAUUACCGGGUGUCCGCACAGUGCCCCACUUACUGACUAUUUUGAUGGUGAUUCAAAUCCUAUGCAAUCAAUAUAUGGAAUCUUAAAAAAAAAAAGAAAAAGAUAAAAAUGAACUUAUUUG